AUGGAUGCGUCCGCGAGUAGUGCAGUUCCGGUAGUGGCUAGAAGGCGUCGUAGAGCAGCUAGACAGUUGCGUGAAUCAACACCGGAUCCGGCACGCGAUGGAAGCGUUGGAAGUCAAUCGAACUCUUGCGAUGAUCGUGAGAGUGGUUCCGAAUCGGCCCGCGGUGGUGGCGGUGGUCGAAGCACGGUUGAAAGUAGUCCAUCCUCGUCAAAGAAAAGCUUGAUCGAGCGAGCGAUGGAGUACGGGAGCUCGCAUCGCAAUAAAAUUCUAGCCAGAAAAGAGAAGAAACUGUCCAGCACUGUAGCGCCGAGAAGUCGAUCGGUUCCACGGGAUGAGGGUGAUGUGCCGAGCAGUCCUGAGAUAUUCUCACUGUUGCGACGUGCGAAGCGAAGUCUAUCAGCGGCACGCAAACCCAAAACAGACGACUCGAGCGAUGGUGGACGUAUAUCCGACACGGAGGUACGCAAACGCCGUGAACGUAUCGAGCGAUUCCAGAGUGAGCGAUCACGCGAAAAUGCAGAUGCAAAUUCGACUGGCCCUCUGCAAGCAAACCUGCAGCGAUUCAACGAAGAGCGGCGCAAAUUUGAGCUGGAGAAGCUAAAAUUCUUGCAGGAAAAACGAGAGCUGGAUCGGAUGCGGUUAAGGCGCUUCGAGAAGUACCGCGAAGAAAUGCUUGAGGAGCAAAGCCGUAAACUAAAAGCGAAAUUGCAAGAAGAGCGUGCAAAAAGCAUCGAAGCUACACCGUUGCCACCGCUUGCACCGUCCGUCGCUCAUAGGAGCCGUACACCGACCCGCCCAGCUGAUAGUCUGUCUCCAGUUGUGGGCAAGAAGAAGAUAUUGAUCGUACCGAAGACUCGCUCGUCUAGUCGAUCCGCAUCGACCAGCGAAGAUGAAGGUCGUCUAUCGUCCGACGAGGAGAAGAAACAUACGAUCCGGCGUCGGUUUUCACCCCGCAAACCGAAACGACCGCGAUCAUCCAAGCUUGAACCAGGUGCUCGACGAGCCCAACCACGUACGGAUGGUAUAACGUCGCCUGAGUCGGAGUUACCGUCCGAUUAUCAACCGGAAGAGAUUGAGAAGCAAACGCGCCACGAGGAACCAGAGAUGGUGAUCACACAUAGACGAGUAGCUGGAGGGAAACAGGAGGAGGAAGGAGAAAAGAAAGAUCUUGAAGAAGUAGUAGAGCCUUCCAAAGGUCCUCUCGUGGAGGACCCGAAAACUGAAAGUGUUCCGGAAGCGAAUGGGAAAAUUGAUGAAAAGCAGGGGAAAGCACUGGACCAGGAAACAGCUCGAGAAGAAAAUGGGCUAAAAGUACAAACCCGACGAAGACCUCUCGUGCUGUAUGUAGAACAGCCGGGAGAAGUCUUCAACUGGAGACAGCUCUUCCAAGAAUGGUACGAGAUGUGGCAAGACUUUCUGGACGAUCAAACGGAGGAAGUGGUUCGUAUUCGUAUUCAAGUGAACCACUGUUUGUUCUAUUUUGCCGUUAUGGUUCUGCUGUGUGGUGUUGGAGGCAUUGCUUUCCGCUUGACCGAGGGCACGUUCGAAUCGCAGUACAAGUGUGGAGUGAAGCGUGUCAAACGAGAAUUCAUCGAUCAACUUUGGCUUUCCAGUCACAAUCAAAGGGAAGAGGACUGGAAGCUAUCGGCAAGGAAUCGUUUGCGCAAGUUCGAGGAAGAACUUCAGAUUGCGUUCGAAGCGGGAAUGAAGACGUACAGCGGCAAUACGGCGUGGAACUUUGUGAAUGGUGUCAUCUACUCGCUAACGGUGGUGUCAACGAUUGGCUAUGGACAUAUCUCACCAUCGACGACAACGGGUCGAGCCCUAACCAUUUUAUACGCCAUUAUCGGUAUACCAAUCUUCUUGAUAGUUUUAGCCGACUUUGGCAAGCUCUUUACACGAGGUAUCAAGUUCAUGUGGGCCUAUGUGCGACGACUCUACUAUACCGGAUCGUUCCGCAAGGUUCGCAAGACGACCCAAGUUCAGGCAAUAAUGAAGGGUCUUAACGUGGUGUACGAUAUGGUGAGGAGACCAAGUACAGACAAUGAACUGCAAGGAGCUACUACCACAACAGUUAUCCCCGUACCGCAGCCUACUCCACAGCCACAACCCUCCCAGAGGCCUCCACCAGCGGAACCACAACCGGCAGCAGCAAGCACCGGUAUCGAAACGAUCCCAGUGCCAGACACACCAACCACACCCGUACCGGAAACGUUCGAAAUAGACGACGAGUUUAAUCUCCCUAUCUCGGUCGCGAUCGUGAUACUCGUUGCGUACAUGCUGUUCGGUGCCAACAUCUACUGUCGGUGGGAAAACUGGAGCUUCUUCGAGGCGUUCUACUUUGUGUUCAUCUCGAUCUCGACGAUCGGCUUCGGCGAUUACGUACCGCAGCAUCCGAUCUACAUGAUGUGCAGUAUACUGUAUCUGAUCUUCGGACUCGCGCUUACCUCCAUGUGCAUCAAUGUGGUGCAGCUGAAGUUGAGCGAUAGCUUCCGGCAGGCAAGCGCAAAGAUUGGUGCCACUAUCGGGCUUCAGAUGGCGGAAGCGGCCUCACAACAUCAACACUCACCCGUACACACACCGAUCGAGCUGGCAGCAGUCCACACGUCCACCCCGACCAGUGCCGUGAACGUGAGUCUCAAGGAUACGCCAACCUUACCGGCACGACCGUCCAGCUCCGUGCCAAAGCCGGAUAAGAAGGAGUAAGCGUAACGCUCCGUCCGUCCCUUCUGGAGGCUCUCAUUGUCCGA